CUUCUAGUAUCAUUGAAACCAUCUGUGGGAGAGAAUUUCUUCCCUGCCCUUUGUGGUGUUUAGAGAUAUUCAAAAGGGGUGAGAAUUGCAAAUUGGUUCCUUUACUUGAUGGAGGAGAAACGUGAACCCACUUUAUCACCUGAGUGGUAUAGAAGUACAGGGAAUGGUUCUAGUGCUGGGAGUAUUCUGUCAUCAUCUGCUCGCUCAGAUUCUUCUUUGUCACAUAAUAGCAAGAGUAGGAACCCUAGGACCAAAACCGAUGUUGAUUCAGUUCGGUCUUCCUCCACCAAUGCACGGAGGGGGUUUAGUAAUGGGUCUACCAAAAAUGCAUAUAGUAAUUUCAAUGUUCAAAGGAGCCAUAAUAAAGAUCGGAGCAGGGAGAAGGAUAGGCUGAACUACACAGACCCAUGGGACUUUGACGUUACUUUCCCUUCCGGUAACUUCCUAAAUGGAAGGAAUCAAGAGCAGUUAAGACGAUCAAAUUCAAUGACGACAAGGAAACAGGACGACCACUUGGGUCAAGGGUUUACAAUGGGAUUCAAAAAUGGUAGAAGCAUUCUCAACAGUAAUGGUAUACUUUCUCGAACUAGUCCUACAAAGAGCUCUGGAUUCGGUAAGGAUUUUCCUUCUCUGAAAACGGAAGAGAGGAAUGGAGGAGGCCCAGACGUUGUAAGAAUCUCGUCUCCUGGUCUAAGGCCUGCUGUUCAGAACUUGUCUCUUGGUAACAAUGGCUUGACUGUUGGGGAAGGUUGGACAUCGGCUCUGGCAGAGGUUCCCAGUGAUGUUAUUGAGAAGAGUGGUUCUGACUCAGUUGCUAAUGUUGCUACUUCGGUUACCUUAACGGGACAGACUCGUAACAUGGCUGAAGCAUUGUUGCAGCCUCCUAGAACUGGUACACCACCCCAGGGAUCUUCAGAGACACAAAGACUUGAGGACAGAGCUCUUAAGCAAUCGAGGCAGCUAAUACCGGUUGUGCCUUCUUCUGAUAAAUCCAAGACCAAACCGAUGGUUCGAAGCGGUGAAAUUGGUCUUACUUCUUUUAGAAAUACCCACCAGCAUCCCUCUAUGCUGCUAGGUAAUCUUCACUCUAAUUCUGGUAGUCAGAUCAAGCCUGAUACUGCUAAGAAGCUGGUGGUUCUCAAACCUGCCGUCAAAGAAUCUGGAAGUCCACGUCGUAUAAACAACAGCCUGGCUGCUGCUGGCCAGAUGAUCGCUGCUCCAUCUGCACCAUCCACUACUUCUGCGCAAAGUACAAACAAACCAAGGGAGCCCAAGGGAGCCUCGGUUAACAUGCCAGCAGAAAAGAAACUUUCGGUGCAGAGCAGGCAUGCAUUUUUCAGUGCUUUGAAAAAGAAUACAUCUACAAACAUCUCAACUGUCAAGGAAAAAGCAGACAUCUCUAAGGAGCUUGUAGCUAGUGACCCUUCAAGUGUACAGGCUGUAGAAAAAGAUGACAUAGUCAUGGAAAGGGUCGAGAAAGUUUCUGAAGCUGCGGAGAGGGUUAGCGUUUUUGAAUCGACUGACCUUCCAGAUGAAAAAGAAGCUGAGUUCCUUAAAUCCCUUGGGUGGGACGAAAACAAUACUGAGGUAGAAGCCCUUACAGAUGAGGAGAUCAGAGCUUUCUAUGAACAGCACAAGGAGGUGAAGCCAUCACUGAUGCAAAAGCUGCCUAUCAUUAAAGAGGCAACUGAGAACGCAACCCCCAAUUCGUGAUCCGAUUUUGAAGAUAGUUUUCACAUUUCUCUUUUUCUUUAAACUUUUUUUCGUUUUUUAGUUUUAUUACUGUGGUGGUGUGGACAAGAAGGUCGGGGAGGCUUCAGUUGCACUAUGAGUGUUCUACUUCAGAGAAGCUAUCUGUUGGUCUGAAGAUAGAGAGAGGUUUUGUUAUGCUAUAGCUUCCUUAGGUUUCUAAAGUUCGAUAUGAUGAGAGGGAAAGAGAAAACUUUGUUGGUGGUAUAAAGAAAAUUUAAAGGCUU